AUGUUAGUCGCGUCCGACGACCGUCUGGGCAUUCUUGUUGGUCAGGCGGUUUCUGACAUCAUGACAAGGUUUGAAGACAUUGUCUAUCAGAAACUGAAAAACGAAGAGUUGGUCAACUUUUUGAAAGAGCAAAUUCAUCUGCUGGAGACUAAGCUGAAACUGAUGAUUUGCGUCAAUCACUCGCAACGUAUGGCGAUCAACGGCAACAUUGAGGAUAUGAACCUUUCCGGCAGUAUGUAUAGCGGACACAAAAGCAUCACGGACUCAGGAAUCGGGCAGUGCGAUCACUGCAGGGAGUUGUGCAUCCAACUGUCUGAGGCGCUGCAGGCCCAGCAUGCGGUCGAAGACCAGCUGACGAAGUGCAAAGGCUAG